AUGUCAGGAGGGCCAGUACCAGUAUGGAAGAAAUACACUAGUAGACCAAGAGGAAUAUGGGAGAAAUUGAGAGAAUUCUUGGUAUUAGCUCCAAACAGGUCAUCAGGAAAUAUGUUUGUUCCAUUAUAUAGAAACCCACCACCAGGUUCAAGAAUAGCAGAAGCUAAAGCUUACAAAGAUCCAGUAACAAUCCCAGCUGGUGACAUAAAGGGAAAUCCAUAUUUCAAACGAGAUUUCAGAAGAAAUUAUCCCCAAGUACAUGGUUUCAACCAAACUAAAUUAUCAGGAUUAUUGCAAUUGGGUAAUAGUGAGCAUCCAAGAAUAUCCGUUGGUGAAAAGGGAACUAAAGAGUUGAGUACUUUCGAAGGAGGAAAUGUAGUUAAUUUGACUUCAACUUUGAGUAAAUUGCCAGAAAAUGUCAUCAAGGGGGAAAUAUUGGGAAAACAAGGUGAACCUAUUGUAGCACCAAGUUUAAAUAAAUUCAAAUGGGAAAUAUUACCAGAGAGUGUUCAUGGAAUGUAUACUGAGGAAUAUCCAUGUCGUAUAUUCACUGAUACAAAGGUUAAGACUGUUUCAUCAUCAGCUUGA